AUGAGCACCUGGUUCGAUCAGCAGAAGAGGCAGUGGCCAGAAGUCCCCAUCACAGAGCAAGGCGUCAGCACGACCGAGUUCCUUGAAGCAGCAACAGCGCUGGUCAAGCUCUUUGACUUGCUGGGCUCCUCUGCCUUUGCCAUUGUCCAGAAUGACAUGACGGGCAACAUCAAUAAGAUCAAAGCACGUCAGCAGUCGCAUCCUGCGCAGUGUGCUUCCCUGGAACAGCUCGUCAAGGGCGAAGUCACCGAGAAGAAGCGGACGGCGACAGAGGGUCUCUUGUGGCUCCUACGAGGACUGGCAUUCACGGCACUGGCACUACGCAGGUCCCUGGACAAUCCGUCUGAGGAACUGGCCGUGUCCUUCACCCAGGCAUAUGGCGAUACCCUCAAGAAGCACCACUCAUUCGUCGUGAAACCACUCUUCACUCUCGCCAUGAAGGCCUGUCCCUAUCGCAAGGACUUUUACGCCAAACUCGGUGCAGACCAGGCAAAAGUCACCAGCCAGCUCGAGGCCAAUACGGCAGCGUUGCAGAAGAUUGUCAAGCAGCUCGAGGUCUUUUAUGAGACGGGCAAGUACGGCAAGGGGUUCUAG